GAAGGAGAGAGAAGACCGGGACAGAUUUCAACGAACAGACCCGAAUACUCGAUACUUGACGCGCAACAAUAUUAAAAGGCAUUUAUCGACCUUGAAAAACGAGAAGUGGAGCAAUAAAGAUAUGGUCUUUCCGAGGAAUGUAGGAUUAGGGAGUGUCAUAAAUAUGAAUACUCGCGUGCCAAGUGGGCAAAGGUUAAAUGCGAUAAUACAUAACCAAUUGAGAGACACCAUUUUGCGUUGACAGAGCCGAGAUAGUGGGCUGCACAAUAGGAUACCCUUUUUUAAAUAAAUAUAAUUGUUUAUCAUGGAGACGGCAAUGAAACUGGCUAAAAUGAAUUUCAUGGGCAGACGUUUGUACAGCUCCAAGGUGAAAUUAAAUGACGUCGUGAUAGUCAGUGCUGUACGCACUCCAAUGGGCUCGUUCCUUGGAUCUCUAUCAAGCGUGUCGGCCACUAAGCUUGGUGCGGUAGCUGUGCAGGCAGCUAUCGAAAGAGCUGGCGUCACCAAGGAACAAGUUAAAGAGGUAUAUAUGGGCAAUGUCUGUCAGGGUUUCUUGGGUCAAGCACCAGCGCGACAGGCUGCAUUAUUCGCAGGUCUCCCGAAGUCGACGAUAUGCACAACAGUGAACAAGGUUUGCGCGAGUGGCAUGAAAAGUGUCAUGCUGGCGUCUCAAUCGUUGCAGUGCGGCCAUCAGGAGAUCGUUCUAGCCGGUGGUAUGGAAUCUAUGUCUAAUGUGCCAUAUUAUUUAGCGCGUGGCGAAACGUCUUACGGUGGACUAAAACUCGAGGACGGCAUUGUGUUUGAUGGAUUGACUGAUGUUUACAACAAAUGUCAUAUGGGCAAUUGCGCCGAGAACACGGCCAAGAAGCUUAGCAUCACUCGUCAGCAACAGGACGAAUAUGCUAUCGGCAGUUACAAACGCAGCGCGGCGGCUUAUGAGAAUAACGUGUUCAAAGAUGAACUCGUAUCCGUCGGUGUGCCUCAGAAGAAGGGCAAACCAGACGUCAGUGUUACCGAGGACGAGGAAUAUAAGAGAGUCAACUUUGACAAGUUUGGCAAACUGAGCACAGUUUUCCAGAAAGAGAAUGGUACUGUGACGGCCGGAAAUGCAUCCACCCUAAAUGAUGGCGCCGCUGCUUUGGUCUUAAUGACGAGCGACGCUGCUCAAAGACUGAACCUGAAGCCUCUGGCUAGAGUUGUCGCUUUUCAGGACGCGGCAACGGAUCCUAUAGAUUUUCCGAUUGCACCGGCUUUCGCUGUGCCACCGCUGCUUCAAAACGCCGGAGUUAAUAAAAACGACGUAGCUCUGUGGGAGAUCAAUGAGGCAUUUAGCGUGGUGGUCGUGGCAAAUCAGAAAUUACUCGACAUUGAUCCUGCCAAGGUGAACGUCCAUGGUGGUGCCGUUUCGCUAGGCCAUCCCAUAGGCAUGUCAGGAGCACGUAUCGUAGUGCACUUGGUGCACGCUCUCAAGGCCGGGGAAAAAGGCGUUGCGUCAAUUUGCAACGGGGGCGGCGGUGCAUCGUCAAUCCUGAUUGAGAAACUGUAAGUUCGCAAAUCAUCAAUGGCUGCCAUUUACAGUAUGCGCGAACCGGGCGAUCUAUCUUUAUCAUCGAUAAUAUGAAGCGUGAUAAAAAGAAACAAUUAUCCUUACACCCUGAAACUGUUGAAACAAUAUUGUAGACGAAAAGCUUCAUAGCUUUUCUCAUUUGUAAGUUUUUACAAAUAAGAUUGUUAUAUAAAAUAGUAUUUUACAUUUUUCUACGAUAGAUGUACAUACGUAUGAAAUGUCUGCUAAACGCGACCACGAAAUAUAUGGAAAAAUACUUAAAAAUAUACAAAAAUAUAUUUUCUUAUUGUAUAUUUUUACUACAUACUUUUUAUUGUUGCUCAAAGCCCAAAUAUGUCUCGUUGUAUCCUUUACUGUGUUAUUAUGUUAAUAUAUGGAAAUAAAUUCUUUUUCCUUG